ACUGGUGAAUGCGAUGAAUCAGAACUGUAUAGCCUACUCGUCCUCUCAUGAUCUCUGCCCUGCUUCCUCCUGAUCACACUAGAAAAAUGCAGUUUAGGCAACACCUUAAAUUUGCCUUAUAAGUCCACAAUGGAACCGCUUCGGCUCCCUCUCACAGACUUUUACACACCUCUUUUGUGGAGGAAAAGGAGCAGUGCCUUCCCCUCCUAAAUCCGGUGAUGUCAUCGGAGACCAGGCUUCUUCACAGGAUUGGAGGAUCUCGCCAUAAAUUUCCUGAAAACUCCCAACCCCUUUUUUUUUCCUCUCCUCUCUCUCCCCAUCCCAACAGUGCACGUCCCUGACUUCCUGCCCGAGAGGGGAAAAAAAGCCUUUUCCUCGGAGCUUGAAACUUCAAAUCGAUAACUUUUAAGGGGACACAGCCGGUCAAAUUUAGGCUGCUACUUUUUUUUCUCCUCCCUCCUUCCGCAUUCUUUUUCGGUCGAGAAAACAACUUAAUCGAGGUAAUGGAGGUGGUAAAGAAGAAAAUCCAAAGCCUCCAGCAACAAGUUGACGAUGCGGAAGAUCAUGCACUGGAAGUACAAAGGGCGUUGGACACUGAACGGGAACAGCGCGAAAAAGCGGAGGGCGAUGUGGCAUCCCUGAACCGCAGGAUCCAGCUGGUGGAGGAGGAGCUGGACCGCGCUCAGGAAAGACUGGGCACAGCCCUGCAGAAACUGGAGGCGGCUGAGAAGGCUGCAGAUGAGAGCGAGAGGGGCAUGAAGGUGAUUGAGAACCGAGCCAUGAAAGACGAAGAGAAGAUGGAGCUCCAGGAGAUGCAGCUCAAAGAAGCCAAACAAAUCGCCGAGGAGGCCGACCGCAAAUACGAGGAGUCUGCCCGUAAACUGGUGAUCCUGGAGGGUGACCUGGAGAGAACAGAAGACAGGGCAGAAAUUGCAGAGCUUAAGUGUGGAGAGCUGGAAGAAGAGCUGAAGAACGUCACCAACAACCUGAAGUCUCUACAGGCUCAGUCUGACAAGUAUUCUACAAAAGAGGACAGUUACGAGGAAGAGAUCAGAACACUGAAUGAAAAACUUAAGGAUGCUGAAUCCCGUGCAGAGCGUUCAGAAAAAGCAGUUGCCGUGCUGGAAAAGAACGUAGAUGACUUAGAAGACGGCAUACAUGAAGCGAAAAAGGAUAACGUAAAUAUGCAUCAACUUCUGGAACAAACACUGCACGAGCUGGGGAGCUUGUAAUAUGCCAAGAAGAACAUCAACCAAUAAAUGAAAAAACAACCCCCUUUUUUUUUGUUGUUUGAAGAUAUUUUCUACAUGCCACCCAUUGUCUGUAAUUUCACUCUUUAUCCUGGUAGCUAAAACACAUGUUUCCCUUUUUAUAUAUUUAUGCUUCUUUUGUUUCCUAACUGGUUUUUUUUUUAAUGGUUUUCCAUAUGAUAUUCAGUAUCGGUGCUGGAAAUUGUGUUUUUAGACCAAACCCUUGCAACAAAUAAAAGUGACGAAGAUCCUGAUG